UCUAGCCAAUGUCCUGACAAACUUAAUGGAAAGAAGAUUGCUUUUACCUUCUCGGUACCAAGAAGGGGCUUCCUAAAGUAUAAAACCGUAAGAGAAACUGUAUCAGUAGCCAGUCUGUGUAGAAAUCUCACUUUGUACUGAAAUCUAAAUUUUGGUACUAUUGAAUUUUUAUUAUUUAUAACUUAUAAAAUCAUCUAAAGUGAUACAGGAUUAAAAAUGUUACGAGUCGUGGUGUUCUCUUUGUUCAUUUUGGUAUCAAAUACUGGCCUUACAAUUGGCGGAUACUCCAUUGGCAGUAGAAAUCGUGAUUACCCUGGAAGUUACAGUUCAAGUGGUUUUAUGGGUCUUGCCAAGGAUACACACAGUGACUUAUCAGAUCAAUUAACUAGUGGCAGUAAUUAUGGAACAAAUUCGCAUCAAUACUCUACAUCAUUAUCCGGAAGAGCUCAUAGCAGUCAAGGAAGUAGUUAUGCAUCAGCUGGAAAUGAGGACAGUAUUCAAUCCAACGGGUUUGGAAGCCACUCAAGUAACAAUCCAGAUGCUUUGAACAGCAUUACAGCAAGUUCUUAUACUAAUGACGCCUACACUACUGACAUAAGUCCUGGCUAUUCCUCGGGAUCAUCGAACUCAGAUGGAUAUUCUAACGGUCAUGGAUCUUCAAGUUUAGUAGGAUAUUCAGGCCAUUCUUCUAAUCUCGGAGGAUUGGCCACAAAUGAGCACAAUUCAGUUGAUUACGCUUCGUCAUCAUCUCCUUAUGUUACUACUUCACCAUCAAUCAAUAAUUAUGGUAUUAGCGGUCUUAAAGCUUCUGCUUACACAGCAAUUAGUAAAAAUCAUGGUCACAAUCAAGCUCCAACGUAUUCAUUAGGUUCAACUCUAAAUCUAAUACCCAACUCUCAUCCAAACAAUUAUCCAGGAAGUAGUCAUUUAACUCCAUACUCAGGAAGUCAUAUAAAUUCUUAUCCAGCAAGUAGACCCGGAAGUCCUAGCUACAUCACGAGUUCACACAGCAGCCAUAAAAAUUAUCCCGAGGGAAGUAGACUUGCUUCUGGAGCUUCAUUGAGUUUCCUCGGUCCACACAGCCGUGAUAGCCCUAAUAAUUUCAUCCAUUCUCAAGGACCACUAGUUCACCGAAGUGUUCCUCCAUUUUUACACAGCGCUGCAUCAGCUGUUAAUAUGAAUUAUGUCAAAGGACCUAAUUCAUACUAUCCUGGAGCAUUUCCUAAGAGCGGUAGCAAGUUAAUUAUCAUCAAAGAUGGUUCAGGACAUAGUGCUUUAAUGCAUGCAGGCGAACCUAACUUCUCUAGUGGAAUGUUUGGUGGAGGUGCAGGUGGAUACAAAGUUAGAAGUACUGGACCAUUCUCAUCUGGAUCACAUUUUGGUGGAAGUAAUUAUAGGAGUAGUUACAUUACAGGAUAUCCAGCAGGUAGUGGUGGGCAUCAUAGUAGCGGUUCACCAGGAUCAUACUUUGGAUACCAGUAAAUUAUUUUCUUUCCAUUUAUCAAAAUAUAGGCAAAUUGUGUUAUUUUGUAUUUAUUUUAUUAA